AAAAGUCAAAAACAAGCAACCAAAUCAAACCUGGCCGAAAGAAUUCUCCAACACACAGAGUCUGACCUUUCAACAUGAUGACUAACCCCAGAAUUCAUUUUUCAAAGUGAACUUCUUUCUAAAAUUAGCUUCAUAGGAAGACACACAAGACCAAGAAAUUUCUUCAAGGAUGGGGCUUUUCUCUCUGAUUAUAACGGGUGCUGGUUUUUUCUUGAUUGGUACAUGGGAAUCUCUCACCUCCUCUACAGAUUUGCACCUUUUCUCGAACCCAAAUCCAACUUUAUCUUCUUCUAUUGAUCAGAUAUCAAAAUCUACGACCCAAAAGAACACAAACUCAAAAGAUCAAUCUUCCUCUUUAAUUUGCAUCGUAAUCACUGUCUUCUCUUGUUUAUUUAUUAUUGAUUCUCUAAUCUCACUUUCCAAUGCCAUUAACUCUCAAGAUGGAAUUGGCUUCGCCCUCCAGUUGCAAGGUCUUGCUGUUGCUGCACUCUUUUCCUUGUACUCUAUUUUGGGUCUGGUAUCGAAUUUAUCAGGUUCUGUUCGUUUCUCUUCAUCUCUUCUUGAUUUGAUCCUUCUGUUCGCUUUUGCGGAAGAGUUCUUGUUGUAUUACCUGCAAAGGAAGGACACAAGUGGGAUUGAGAACAGGUACUUUGAUCUUAUGCUUGUCCCAAUAACGAUUUGUGUCGUCUCUACGAUUCUGGAGUUAAAGUCUUCCUCGAAAUCGAAUAAUUAUGCAAGAAUGGCCCGUGGGGUGGGGUUGAUUUUGCAAGGCAUGUGGUUUGUGCAAAUGGGUAUCUCUUUUUACACUAACAUGAUUGUUCAUGGUUGCUCUUUGCAUGAAAAGAGCAGAGGGGAUUACACUAUAAAAUGUAAAGGGCACUCCGAGUAUCAUAGGGCCAGAGGGAUAGCUACACUUCAGUUCAAUUGCCAUCUUGCCUUACUUGUGGUUUUAGUGACGAGUGUGUACUCCAUUGUGGCUAAAAAGAAUGGGGAUCAUAUUAAUUUUGUGCAGUAUAAGCCUCUUGGGGCAGAGAUGCAGCAGCUGGAGAACAAUGGACACUUCACUUUGGAUUCAGAUGAGGAUGAGAUUAGAGAAGAAGAGAAUGUUGCUAAGGAGAAGUUAGCUACAGUGGAAAUGGGUGUUAAUGGUUAUAGUUCUCACGAGUGAGUUAAUUUUAGAGGUUAUUUUUAUGCAGUGUAUUCUUUUAUUAGUGCAGAGGAAGCAGUUUCACGUUGUAUAAAUGAAAUGUAAUAGUCCUCUUUACUGGUUUUGGGAUCUGAAUUUUGUUUCUUGUUUUAUGAGGUGAUUUAGCGAUUCUUAAUUUCUUUUACUGGAAUUUAGUUUUGGGCAUUGUUUUUCAUCUCUUGUAAUUGAUGUUUAAGUUCGAAAUUGAUAUGGAACGGUGUUUAAUU